UUUCCUGCCCAGAUCUCUGUCACUGGUGGGGCUGGGAAGAUGCUGCUUUCAGGAGAGCACAGAGGUGAAGCAUCGUCUUCUCUGCCAGGAGUACAGCCGGAGCUGGGACCAACUGGGAGCAUCUCCAAACAUGCCUUAAAAAGUCCUUUCCCACAUCUGUCCGGGCCAGUGUCUGUGGAUAUUACUCUGUUGUUCUAAGAGCUUACAAAGUUGCUUUCCAGCACUUACCACGCUUCUGUGCGAUGCAAGCAGCGGGCAUCUCAGCCUGCCAGCACAUCCUUAUGUGGGAUUACCAGGUAGCUGGUGCUUGAUUCUCCUGUGAGCGACACGAGGAUAUGCCCUUGCUUUGUAAUAACUGGUGAGCUCUGCUUGGGAACCCCAAAGAUGACUUGGCUUGGCAAACACAGGACAGUGCCCCCACUCCUCGCACUGCACCUGCUAUCGCUUGCCCUGCUGUGCACAGUGGCAGAGAGUCGGGUGACGAUGGACAAUAUACAGCGGUUCUCAUCUGUCCCUGUGUUUCUACCAGUGAACUAUCAGAUUUAUAAUUCUGAAGUUUCCUUCUUCCUUAAAGAGGCCAAUCAAGAUCUUAUGAAAAACUCCAGCCUGCAGUCCCGAACAGAGCCACUUUUCAUAUAUAAAGCCAAGGUGCCACCCGUGAUAAAUGCCACCUAUGGACCCUAUUCAGCAGAACAGACUGUGCCAAAAAAUGUUAUCAUUACCUCAAAUACUUUCAGUUCAACCAACAAAUUCACAUUCAACUGGCAGCUAAAGUCCCAUAUAAUGGAAAGCUCCAUAUAUUCAGACAAGCCCAAAGUACAGGUUUUGUUUUAUAUUACGGGAAAAGAUUGGGAAGACUAUCAUCCAACAGAGAUUUUACCAUGUGUCAAAAUAAUUGCUGUCUCUGAAAACCGUGAACUUUCAUCAAGCUGUAGGCUGAAAGGCAAUCUGGGAUUGUGCGUGGCAGAACUGCAGCUGUUGCCCAGUUGGUUAAGUACAUUUCCUCCCACAGAGGAACAUGUGUACUCGGCUCAAUCACUUGGAAUACCACUGGAGCUGCACCACAUUGUCUACACCACUGGAGAAGACGAAGAAUGUUCAGAAGAGGAAACAAGAUGGUCAAAUAGGAUACAUUCCAACAAAGACACUGGCCAUAAAGUCUCAAGUGCAAUGGAGAGAUUUGGAAGUGUAAUUGUUUAUCCUACUCCUCAGACUUUGAGAAUGUCUGUGCUCAAACUGGAUAACAAUGUUCAGAUUCGCUACACACCAGGCCCGGUGAAAGUAGGGGAUAUCGUAACUUUCUUUGUAUCAGUGGCGGGAGACUCAAUGAUGCACCAGUUCAUGUUAAGGGUCAAAGCUGCUCUUGGUGCAAAAGUGAUUGCUGUGAGAGUGAAUGACUCUGAAAAGUGGAAGGUUCAAAGACUGAUGGAGCCAGGAGAAAAACAAACAACUGUCACUCUAGAUUGUGUUCAUCAAGGUUCAUUUAUCCAGAGCAGAGCCAACGAGACGCUUUAUGAAAUUCUGCAGAUGGACUUUAAAAUGGAUAUUGGCAGCGGCUUGGCUGGUGCCCAGCAGAUUACAUGGCAGGUGGAAUACCCUGAAGAGGACUCUGUCAGUGAACUUGUAAUUUCUGAAAUCUUUGUCAGCCAGACAACAUUCACAGGGAUCGUUCCUAUAGCCAUGGACACUGAACUUCUAAACACAGCUAUCCUGACAGGAAGGGCAGUGACUAUCCCUGUGAAGGUGGUGGCUGUUCAGGAGGAUGGUUCUGUGAUAGACGUGUCUGACUCCACUGAGUGCAAAUCAGCAGAUGAAGAUGUCAUAAAGGUUUCCAGCAAAUGUGACUCUAUCUUCGUUAAUGGUAAAGAAAUGAAAAGUAAAGUAGACACCAUUGUAAAUUUUACAUACCAGCACAUUACCACCCAACUGGAAGUGACUGUAUGGGCUCCACGCCUUCCACUGCAAAUAGAGAUUUCCGAUACUGAACUGAGCCAGAUCAAGGGCUGGAGGAUCCCCGUCUCUGUCAAUAAAAGACCAACAAGAGACAGUGAAGAUGAAGAGGACGAUGAGAAAAAAGGGCGUGGAUGUUCCCUGCAGUACCAACAUGCAAUGGUUCGUGUUUUCACUCAGUUUGUCGCAGAGUCCUCUGAUGCUGGUGGACAGCUAACGUACAUGCUUGGCCCUGAUUGGCAGUUUGACAUUACUGACCUUGUGAGUGACUUUAUAAAGGUUGAAGAACCAAAAAUUGCUACACUGGAAGCAGGGAAGGUUUUAGUUGGACGCGACCAAGGAAUAACUACAGUCCAGGUCCUUUCCCCACUGUCUGAUUCCAUCUUGGCUGAGAAAACAGUGACCGUGUUAGAUGAUCGGGUGGGAAUUGUAGAACUAGGAGUCCAACUCAUCACCGGCCUCUCCUUGUCGCUACAAACAAGCAAGGGAAACAAAAGAGCCAUCAUUACAACCACCAAAGCCAGUGACAUUCUGCAUGACUUUAAACAGGAAGCAGUCAUCAGUGUGUGGACCCUGUUUAGUGAUGGCUCAAUAACACCUCUGGACAUCUAUGAAAGCAAAGACUUCUCAAUUUUGGUGUCUUCUCUGGAUGAGAUGGUUGUGUCCACUUAUCAAAAUCCUCUUUCAAACUGGCCUGUUGUAGUAGCAGAAGGUGAAGGUCAAGGGCCUUUGAUAAAAUUAGAAUUAGGGAUAAGUGAGAUCUGCCAGAAGUCUAAGAGGAAAAGUAGUCUUGCUGUUGGCAGUGGAACUAUCAAGGUUAAGUUUGGCCAGAAGGACUCUGACCAGAAAGGAAAUAUGAAUGAAAUUCAAAGCAUAGAUGAUGAUUUUAAGAAAAUCACGAGCAAAACAACUGAGAAAGUCAUAGAGCAAGAAAGAACAGUGAACGAGUGGCCAAAACAUGGAUCUUCAGCUGUCAAUUUUGAAGAUAGUAUUAACAAAAACUCUACAUCUGAUUCUCCAGUAGACUAUCAAAAAAAUUAUAAUGAUGCCCAUAUAGUCCCUAUACCAUAUACUAGUUUCCCUACAAGAAUAGCCUCAGAACACAAUCAUGAAAGUGAGCUUACACAGACUUCAAGGGGUCUCACAGACUUGGAAAUUGGCAUGUAUGCCCUUCUCUGUGUGUUCUGUCUUGCCAUACUAGUCUUUUUAAUUAAUUGUGUGGCAUUUGCCUGGAAAUAUAGACAUAAAAGGUUCCCAGUGGCUGAUCAAGCCAACAUUCCUCAUUCUCAUGACUGGGUAUGGCUUGGAAAUGAGGUAGAGCUGCUGGAAAAUCCAGUAGAUAUUCCCCUGCCAGCAGAAGAGUGCACUACAAUGAUCGACCGACGAUCUCAGUUCGAAGAAAGCAACUUUCUACUCAACGGAGGUUCCCAAAAGAAUCCUUAUAGUCAAAUUAUGCGGUCAUCAGAUUACACAUAUGAAAAAGAAGUCCAAAAUGAGCCAUUAAAUCCAGGGAGCUCAAAAAGAAAACGGGUAAAGUUCACAUCCUUUACUACUAUUUUACCAGAAGAAGGGGGUCCAUAUACCAAUGCGGUAAUCUUUGGAAAUGAAGAAAAUAUCAAAUGGGUUUGUCAAGAUAUGAACAUUGGGGAUUCACGUGAACUUAGAGACUAUAUGGAUAGUCUUCAGGACAACCUGUAAAAUACUAUGUUUAUAUUCACCUUUAUGCCUUCGUUUUGUUUGUUUGGUUUUUUUUAAAGGUGGGACUAUCAAAUCAGCAAUAGAGAUGCAGAACAAAUCCUGCAAAGAUCAUUACACAAAGUGAAUACUGCCAGCACAGUUGUGGCAUUACAUUGUAAAGUGCACAUAGAAAAAUAUGUCAUGGGGUAAUUUCUACAAUGUGCUACUUUCAUGGUCUGGUGAUCACUACUAAGCAAUGUAUUAGCCUAAAGUGACAACUACUAAAGGGUUACAACAAAUAAUGUAUUGGAGAGAGAAAAAAAGAUUUAUUGUGUUGUACUGAUCUUUGGUACACUGACCAUAAAUCUGCUUGUAAGUAAAACACUACUGUGUUAGGUUUCCAAUUAAAAGCACACUGGACUUUUCUGGUUAUAUUUCCAGUUUAUUGUAAGCAUAGGUCUGAAUGUAUUACACGUGUGAAACUCAGCAUACAAUAUCAGUCUUUUUUAAGAUACAAACAAUGUUAAGAUGACUGGCACAAAAUGAUAGGAGUAAGAGAAAUGUCUUCUACUGGUAUGAUAUCAUUCUUAGAACUGUGCAAUACUACCCAAUCUGACAAACGUUUAAAGCCAACUACUUUACAAUGGCUGCAGAAGGAGUGCGUGAGUGAAAGGUUCAGUUAGAAGUCACAGUCUCUGUGAUUAUGGCUUCUGAUUGGUGCUGACAUUUACAAACACCCCACAGAGUCCCAGGAAAAAAUACAUAAUGGAGCUCUUUUGAUUUGCAUUCAGGGUAGUGGAAAGGAAUCACCUUACUUGGAAGUAAUGCUUUAAGAAACGGAUUGAAGCGCUAAAAUGGUCAAAUAU